AUACAAUAAAAAAGUUCAUGAUUGAAGUUUAGUUUCUUGUUUUGGACAUGGCAACAGUUUGCAAUGGAAUGAAAAAUAAAAGAAGUACUGAAUGAAUGAACGCGGAGUUUAGUGUUGUGUAGGAUGGUGAUAAGAAAAACAGGAGGAAGAAAUUUCCUGAGACAGUAGUACCCAACGCUAUUAUAUAUAUACAGUGCCAUUUUUGUGGAUUGAAAAUGAAGCAAAGGUAAUUCACAGGUAUCCAAAGUUCUCCAAAGUUUUAAUUUUUAACCUGAAUCAUCUUCAUUUCACGUAUGAUUUCUACUUCCUGGCCAUGAAUACUGCGAGCGAGAGGUUUGUUACGUUCCUCUGUUUCUUUCUGCUUCUCUUCAUGACAACGUUGUCAAACUCCCAACCAGACCGUUUCAUGAGACCCCUUCGUGGGAGUAACAGUGAAUACUUCGAGGUGGGUUACCCGCCGCCGUCACACGAACCCACUCCGUCCUGCAGCCACCGUGUCCUCCACCACUCCUUCGCCCACACCAUCGACUCUCCUCCGUACACCACCUCCUACAGCCCUCCCCCGCGCUGCCCCGCCCCGUGGUCCCGCGUCGUGCUCCAUUUCCACGCCCGCUGCAAGGGCGAGCAGUACGACCGCAUCGCCGCCAUCUGGAUCUCCGGCGCCGAGAUCCUCCGCACCAGCACCGCCGAGCCCACCGCCGACGGCAUCUUCUGGAACGUCCGCAAGGACGUCACGAGAUACUCCUCCCUCUUCGCCAAAUCCAACCUCGACCUUACCAUGAUGCUAGAAAACAUCGUGAACACAGAGUUCACAGGCGUCUACCACGUUACCGUCACUCUCCUCUACUACAACGAGUACGCCGUUAAGGCCCCCGUCAGGGUUCCGUUUGUCCCCUGCCCCGAGGAGCUUACUUUCAAUCCAAUUUCUCUGCCUACAUCUCGAUCUCUUAUCCAGGAUCCCGGCUCCAGAGGCGUGAAUGAGUCGCCGGCGGAUUUGAUUAUUCCGAUAUCCGAUGAUGGGCGGCGAGGGUUUUGGUUCAAGUUGGAGGAGGAGAAAAGUUCCUUCUCCCGGAAAGUUCGAAUUCCGAGAAACACCUAUCGCGCGGUGCUUGAAUUAUACGUUUCUUUUCACGGAAACGACGAGUUCUGGUACUCGAACCCGCCGACUUCGUACAUCACGGCGAACGGUUUGGCGACGGAGCGUGGGAACGGCGCGUACAGGGAAGUUUACGCGACGAUCGACGGGCAGGUUGUCGGGUCGGAGGUUCCGUUUCCGGUGAUAUUCACCGGCGGGAUCAACCCUUUGUUCUGGGAGCCCAUGGUGGCGAUCGGGGCUUUUAACCUUCCCUCAUACGACAUCGAUUUGACGCCGUUUUUGGGGAAAGUUCUGGAUGGGAAGGAGCACGUGUUCGGAAUAGGAGUGGUGAAGGGAAUAUCUUACUGGCUGGUGAACGCAAACUUGCAUCUUUGGUUGGACCACGAAUCAAAGGUGGUUCAUGCUAAUCCCGUGGUUCAUCACAGUCCUGAAACUUCGAUCGAACGGCAAGAGGGGUUUCGAGGGCUUGAUGGGUCGUUUGACGUGGACGCGGAGCAGGAAACGCACAUCACAGGGUGGGUCAUGACCAGUGCCGGCAACAUCACCACCACGGUUUCUCAGGGAUUCUCGUUCAAGAACUUCAUAAAGUUCCAACACAAUGGGAGUAUCAAGACCGUUAAGCAGAAGUUCAAGGCAAAGAAAAAAGUUAAGGUGAUCGAUGGAAAAGGUGAAUCUAUCACCAGGUUGAAGGUUAGACGAAGGUACCCUUUAAGGGUUGUCACCACCACUAAGGAGUUUCUCGAUGGCACAUACCGGCUUGUCACCGAGCUUUCUCAUAUUCUCAAUGAGAAGCAUGUAAGUGGGUGCUUCUCGAAAUCCAUUACCAAUGCCCAGAAUUCCAAGGGCUGGAUCGAUGUGAAGGGUCACUCUGUUGUGUCAGGUCAGGCAAGCACCACGCAGAAUUAUAGUUAUGUUGAUGGGUUCAUGUGCUACUCCCGGAAUGUUGCUGCGUCUAAUGGAAGGAUUGUCUUGGACAAUUCAACGUUUGUUUGUGAAUUGUGAAGAUUCUUUGUAGUUUCUUUUCUCGUACAUGUAUUAUGUAGUUUCCUGCAUAGGGUUUUAGUUUUAUUUUUUCUAGGAAGAGGAAUGUGUAGUGUCUUUUGAAUCUGCAUGUAUGUAUGUAUUGCUUGCAUUCA